AUGGAUAGGGACCUGGUUCAUAGACAGACGGCAAUGUCAGCAGUUGGCCAUAUGGCACUUGGUGUUUAUGGUUUUGGCUGCGAGGAUGCAUUGCUCCAUCUCCUCAACUUCGUCUGGCCGAACGUCUUUGAGACGUCGCCACAUGUUGUUCAAGCUUUCAUGGCAGCUAUUGAGGGCUUCAGAGUUGCCCUUGGACCCAACAAGAUCAUCCAGUAUGCCCUUCAAGGACUUUUUCAUCCUGCCCGCAAGGUGAGGGAUAUUAUGUGGAAGGUAUACAACACCAUCUACAUCGGCAAUCAGGAUGGAUUGGUCUAUGGUUUUCCAAGGAUUAGAGAUGAAGAGAAAAACACUUACGUAAGGCACGAACUGGAUUAUAUCCUCUAG